AUUUUAAUUCAAUAUUAUAUUGUAUAUUUCAGGUCAAAUGUGUUGACAUUGUGCCAUUUUUUAACAUCUUGAUCUACAGAUAGCAGACGAUAAACUGGCACGAGCGCAGUGACAUCAUCAUGUCUGAAGAACAACAAAAACUGAUGGAGGAGGGCAUAAAAGACCGUGGAAUAACGAAAGAUCUAAGUAACAAUGAUCUUGAAGAUACAGCAAAUAAACAUCGCAUGGUAAUAGGGGUCCGACUCCCAAAGAGACCUAAACGCCCAAGGAAGAGUAGGCGCCGAAAGGACAAAUCAGGCGAUUCCGCACCCACUGACUUCAGCAGCCCGACAGCGUUCACUGAAGCCAUCCAGUCACCGACGGAGACAGUACAAACAUUAUUGGGCGAAGUCGACGACGAGCAACAUCAACCCCACGGCACUUUUUGUCAGUUAGAUCUUUUAUACACAUUUGGCCAAGAGAAGCAAUGGCGAGAAUUUGCCAGAUGGGUAAAGUACGAGGAAGACGUGGAGGAGGGAGGAGAAAGAUGGUCAAAGCCUCAUGUAGCCUCGCUUUCACUUCACUCAUUGUUCGAACUCCGAUCUACCAUUCUUAACGGCGCAGUUAUUUUAGAUUUAGACGCAUAUCAUAUAACGCAAAUUAUAGAUAUAGUAUUAGAUACUUUAAUAGCAGCAAAGACUAUGUCGGAGGAAAAUCGGGACGAUGUUCGGAAGGUUCUCAUGUCACCACAUGUAUUCGCUCACGAAAAACGUAAAAGAAGUCUCAUGCCAGGAAGUGAGAGUGAUAGAGCAUUAAAAAAGAACUUUUCAAAAGGUUCUAAGCUUACACCUAACAGGAGUUUUUCAAACGUGGAUAAUAUUAACGGAGAUAUAAAAGAGACGUAUUCGUCCGCGAAGUUGAAUGUAGAUUUUAUGAGAAAAGUACCACCAGAUUCCCAAGCAUGUAACGUACUGGUAGGAGAAUUGCCGUGUCUAAAAUAUCAAAUAGCGGCGUUCAUCCGUCUGUCCGAGGCCCGAAACAUCGGCGACAUUACAGAGGUUCCUAUACCGACCCGUUUUGUGUUCAUACUUCUAGGACCCGAGGGAAGUGAAGAUAAAUGUAUAGAAAUUGGAAGAUCUAUUUCAACUGUUAUGGUAGACGAAAUCUACCGAGAAGUUGCAUACAAGGCGAGAAAUCGUCAGGAGAUAUUGACUGGUCUAGACGAAUUUUUGGACCAAGUAACAGUUUUACCCCCAGGAGAAUGGGACCCUAAAAUCAGAAUUGAACCACCAGAAAAAGUGCCAUCACAACAAUCAAGAAAGACCCAGAAGUCACAGGUAGCAGGUCCGCACGUUCUUGCCACACAGGAAGCCGAGCAGGAGUCACACGCCGACCCGACACUAGUUAGAACCGGAAGAUUGUUUGGAGGUUUAAUUGCCGAUAUUAAACGAAAAGUACCUUGGUAUCCUAGCGAUUUCAAAGAUGCCCUUCACGUGCAGUGCAUAGCUUCAACCAUUUUCUUAUUCUUAGCUACUCUCACGCCAAACGUCACGUUCGGCGGUUUGUUGGGUCAAGCGACAGAUCAAUACAUGGGGGCUAUGGAAUGUAUUUUGUCGGCUGCUAUCGUAGGAAUAUUAUUUGCUCUGUUUGCCGGACAACCACUGAACAUCCUCGGUAGUACGGGUCCUAUGUUGGUGUUGGAAAUGAUUCUUUACAACUUCUGCAAAGAUGGUGGUUACGAUUUCUUGCCAUUGCGGUGCUGGAUUGGUUUAUGGACAACUGGGUUGCUGAUUUUAGUAGUGGCCUUUGACCUUAGUGCUCUGGUCCGGUACAUAACGCGUUUUACGGAAGAAAGUUUCGCUUGCCUUAUCGCCAUUAUAUUUAUCUAUGAAGCUUUUAAGAAACAGUUCCACAUCAUUGACCACUAUGGAAUCAACCCUCACCCAGAAAUCCCCAUUCCCACUGAUUGCAUGUGCAUGGCACCAAACGCCACCAAUGGCACAGACGGGAACAUGACAAUGAUGACGUCACUGUUUGAAGGCACAACAACUCCGUUCGUAGACAUUGUGGCCAAUGAUUCGAUGGGUGUAAUGUACAACGUGUUCAAUGCAAGCGGAAAUAUGUCGUGGUCUGAUCUGAACAAAGAAGACUGUCUGAUGUACAAUGGAACUCUUCACGGUGAAGGUUGUGAAGAGUCACAUUACUAUCCAGACGUAUUCUUCCUCUCUUGUAUACUCUUCAUCGGAACCUACGCCCUUGCAAUGAACUUCAAGGACUUUAAAACAGCACCGUACUUUCCAUCUUUUAUCCGACAAAUGGUCAGCGAUUUUGCAGUUCUCCUCUCUAUAGUAAUCAUGGUUAGCAUUGAUGUUCUAGUUGGCGUCAAAACACCAAAACUUGAAGUCCCCGCAAAAUUCCAGCCAACAAGAUACCAGGACAGAGGUUGGUUCAUCAACCCAAUCAGUGAAAAGAAUCCGUGGUGGACGGCCAUUGCUGCUGUUAUCCCAGCGUUCCUUGCGCUCGUGCUGAUCUUCAUGGACCAGCAGAUUACAGCUGUCAUUGUGAACAGAAAAGAAAACAAACUGAAGAAAGGUAACGGGUACCAUUUGGACUUGCUAGUCGUAGCUGUUUGUAUUGCAAUAUGCUCAUUACUUGGUCUUCCAUGGUACGUCGCUGCCACCGUGUCCGCCAUUGCUCACAUUAUGUCCUUGAAAAAAGAAUCAGAAACCGCAGCUCCUGGUGAAAAACCAAUGUUCUUAGGAUGCAGAGAACAGCGAGUGACAGCUUUGUUGGUGGGAAUCCUCAGCGGUUGUGCUGUACUUCUAACCGGCGUUCUUACGAUGAUCCCCAUGCCUGUGCUUUACGGAGUGUUCUUGUACAUGGGUGUGGCUGCCCUUAAAGGAAUGCAGUUUAUAGACCGUCUCGGACUUCUCUUUAUGCCAGCCAAAUAUCAGCCUGAUUCCACUUACCUCCGUCACGUGAAGAUCAACCGCAUUCAUUUUUUCACAUUCCUUCAGAUAAUUUGUCUCGGCGUUCUCUGGGUUGUAAAAAUGGUCAAAGCAAUCUCCAUUGCCUUCCCUGUCAUGGUUGUCGGAACCUGUUUCGUUCGAAAGGCAAUGGACAAGAUGUUUACUCAGUAUGAACUGUCGUACCUUGAUGAUAUCAUGCCAAGUGAAGACAAGAAUAAGCAAGAAGAUGAAAAGAAAGGUUUUUACGGGGAUCCGACCGACGACGAUGAAAUGGAAAUAGACGAACGUGAGAAGAUGAUGGACCUAAAGAUGAAACAUACAAUGGGAGAUAAAUUUGGGGGUUACAUGGCUGUUCCAAACAGCGACCGGGUGAAUAUAUCGGAGGAAAUGAGUAAAACAGGUAUCUGGAUGCAAGUGAGACGAGACUCGUUGCCUGUCCUGGAGGGAGUGAAUAAUUCUUCCCAACCCAAUUUCAGUCCUAAGCUCAGUCACAAUGAACGCCACCACUUCGGUGAUCGACUUGUAAAUCGACGAAAUGGAUCAAAAGCUAACUUUACGCUAGGUGAUGAUAACAUUCCGGAAGAAAAUGAAGGACGUGAAAGCAAAAUCUGAGAACUGUUAGCUUUAAAAACAGGACAUUUACAAAAAUAGAAAAAAAUGAUGUUCUAUUUAUAGACAUACAUGUAUUACAUAACCAGAUUUUUAAGGAAACUACAGCCAAUGAAAUGUUUUGUAUUGUUCUAUUUUUAGACUCAUAAUAGAAAUCUGCAAUGUCCAAAUAUAGACAACAUGCAAAAGAUUUUAGCGAGAUUUGUUAAGAUCGGAUUUGAAAUACUAAUGAUAAUUUAAAUUAAAAAAUUGAACAACAAAUAAUCUGAAAGUUUAUGAAGUGUUGACAGCUUGAAAGAGGUCACUAAUCUGGUAGAGGAUCAACUGAAUCUCGUUAUUUCCAUGCGGAAACAGGUACACCUUUGUGCUGUGAGGGGUUUUGCAUUGUAUGUCGCCAAAGUGUGUUUGUUGGCGGAUAGGCGAAAUCUGAGCUUUAAUCAGAAACAAAUGUUAUACUUUGUUUAUAUGCUAAUAUCUAAUCUUGUUUUUGUGUAUUAUCAGAUUUGAGGCGUGAAAUAAAAAGAAAAAACAAUUGUUAUAUAUACUUCAUGUCAAAAGGUUUUCAUUUAGUCAUUAUAUUUACCUCUGUUUAAAGCAGAUAUCUAUAUUUACAUGUGAUAAAAAUUAUGAUUGUUCUUUCUUUUCAUUGAUUUGUUCAUUAGAAAUUAAAUCAUUCAUUUUUAUCAGAAUUUUCCCCUUAGGUAUAUGUAUUUCGGAAUUUUGAAAAUAUAACGUUAUUUUCUAUAAUGACUGUUAAAUAUGUAUGUCACAUGUACGCAACCGGCUUUUAGGAUUCUUAAUUUUCGUCACAACCUUUAUAUAUAUUUAUUUCGGAAAUUUUAGAUUUAAUUAUCUGUUCUAUAGAGAUUUUUUUAUUUGUUUUAUAUGUUACCGGCUUUAAGGAUUUUCAGUAUGUAAUUUACGUUACAUUUCUGUUGGAUUUUAAAAAAUAUAUGUAAAAUAUAUAUUUUAAAUGAUAUUUUAAAUCAAUUUGUUGGGCACGCGGAUUUUUAUAUCUGUAUUGUAGAAAUAGAAUACAUAUUUCCUCAUAUUGUAUUUCGUUUUGUGUUUUGUUUUAAGAAAAAUGAUUUAAACAUGUGUAAAUUAUUGAAAAUCUAGCUUGUUUUACAACAAGAUAUAAAGAUGUACACGGUGCUUUGGAUACUGACUUAGUGUAUAUAAUUUUGUCACACUUGCUGAGUGUAAAGUAUGUUGCAAUUACGUUACUUCAUGUAUAUAUAAACUGCUAUUUCGAUAGGUUUAUAAGAUUUAGUAACUUGAUUUUUAUUCCUUUUUUGAAAUUCAUAUUUUACCAAUAUAUAGUGCUAAGUGUACGUUAUCAAAAGCUUUAGAUAGAAAAAAACCUUUAAAAAAAUAGAAAUUUCGAAUAGAUUAUCAAACUGGCAAUAUGGAUGCAAUGGCAAUUUUAAUAUUUCAAAAUUGAGUACAGAUUUAUAAAAGAUUUUUUUGGUUACUUGUUAGAGCAUUUUUCCUAUGGAAUAUACAUAUAGAUCGCUCUUUUUUAAAUGUAAAAGGUAUGGACAGAUAUAUAAUAUAAUUACAGAUGUAAAUAUCUGUAUCGUGAUAUUUUGAUUAUCAUAUGAUGAUUAUUGUUUUUUACCUUGUAUCUUACAACCUUAUAACUAACCAAGUUUUACUUAUUUACAUAUAUAUGUGUAAACAAAAAUAAUUUAGACAUGUUAUAAGAAAAUGAUAUUAUGUACAUUUUAACUAAGAAAAAAUCUCAUAUUUUCUAGAUUUUAUACUGAUAUAUUAAACAAUUCAAAAAGUAUGUACUUGAACAAGGAACAGGGACCCAGUAACGUAAAAUCUGAUUAUAUGGUAAGGAAAAUAUUACAAAGACAUACAAUUAACACAUGAUCUGUUAUGUAUGCUGAUUUAAUAUCAAGUCAUGUAGAAAUAAGAAAAAACUGUUAUGAUUUGAAAUUAAAAAGCAAGGAAAAAGAAAAUAACGACAUUGUAAUAGAAAGAAGGAAACAAACGUAAACAUAAGUGCUAUAUACUUUGGAAUUGAUUUUCAGCAAUGUUUUAUUUUAUUUUGACAAGAAUCUGCAGGUUGGUUGUCAUGGUUAUAAAUUGUUUUACCUAUAUUAUUGUAUAUGUCAUAUUUUUUUAUUUAAACUGUAAGCUUUUUUUGUAACAUCCGUUACAUGAACUUUCUACAAACAUCGAAUACUAUGUUAUGGGAAGACAGCAUAUCAGUUAUAUAAUUAAAAGUAUUUUAUUGUAUGCAGAGUUAUUAUCAAAGAUCUAAAUAAAGAAACAAAAAUCA